AAGAAUAAUUUAAAGAAGAAAGAGGAGAGAGAUAGAAAACGUUAAAGAGAGAAAGUUGAAUUUGAGCUACAAAAAGACUCAUUACCGCUUCUUCACUCCGAUUCGCCGAGAGAGAUACGACAGAAACGGCAAGGAAAACGAAAACAGAAAAUUUAUAAACUUUAUUUCUUUCUGCUUUCGUUAAUCCAAUAGAAUUCAAUCCCGAUUCCGAAAAGAAGAGAAGAUGGUGGAAGAUCGGACGUAUCUGUUAGCGAGAGUUUUCUCAUCUUCUCGUCUCUCAGAAUCCAAGUGGCUCCACAUGCAUCCACCAGAAGAACAAGAUUCCUCUGUAUCUAACCUCAGAAACGCCAAAAGGGCUUUCGAUGAUGACAACGACGACCUCAGACGACAAAGCAAAUCUCUCAAACUCACGGGAAACGAGCAACAACAACAACAAUCAGAUAACGGUUCGCUUAUCAACGACAUCGGCAGGGACAACUCGAUCACCUGUCUGCUCCGCUGCUCCCGGUCCGAUUACCCCUCGAUCGCGUCCCUAAACCGGAGUUUCCGGUCUCUGGUCAAAUCCGGAGACAUAUACAGACUCAGGAGACAGAACACGAUAGUCGAGCACUGGGUUUACUUCUCCUGCCAGCUCUUGGAGUGGGUCGCUUUCGACCCCGUCGAGAGACGGUGGAUGAACCUGCCGAAGAUGCCUUCGGGUGUCACCUUCAUGUGCGCGGACAAAGAGUCGCUCGCUGUCGGAACGGAUCUGCUCGUCUUGGGCAAAGACGACGACUCUUCUCACGUCGUGUACAGAUACAGUCUCUUGACUAACUCAUGGUCUCUCGGUGAGAGGAUGAACUCUCCGAGGUGUUUGUUCGGCUCAGCGAGUCUAGGAGAAGUUGCGAUCUUCGCUGGUGGGUGUGACUCUUUUGGAAAGAUCAGUGACGUUGCGGAGAUGUAUAACUCUGAGCUUCAGACGUGGACUACGCUUCCUAAGAUGAACAAGCCGAGGAAGAUGUGCUCUGGUGUCUUCAUGGAUGGGAAGUUCUAUGUGAUUGGAGGGGUCGGCGGCGGCGAGGAGUACGACUUAGCGACCAAGAAAUGGACUGAGAUACCGGAGAUGUCUCCUCCGAGGAGUCGUGAGAUGCCGGCGUCGGCGGAAGCGCCGCCUCUUGUCGCGGUUGUGAACAAUCAGCUGUACGCGGCGGAUCAUGCUGGUAUGGAAGUGAGGAAGUAUGAUAAAGAGAGUAAGAGAUGGUUUACGUUAGGGAGGUUGCCUGAGAGAGCUGGUUCGGUUAACGGUUGGGGGUUAGCGUUUAGAGCUUGCGGGGAGAGGUUGAUAGUGAUCGGUGGACCUAGGAGUUCAGGUGGAGGGUUCAUUGAGCUGAAUUCUUGGGUUCCAAGUAAUGAUGGAAGCCCUCCUGUGUGGACAUUGCUCGAUAGGAAACAUUCAUCGAAUUUUGUUUACAAUUGCGCAGUGAUGGGUUGCUGACGAAGUUAUAAAGAUUAUUAUUAUUUUUUGUUUUGUUUUUGCAAAGUGGAAUCAAGAUUCUUGGCUGCUUAGGGAGGUUGAAAGUUGCAGUCUUUUCUUAAUUCAUUUGGCUCUAAAAGAUUUAAUUCAUGUUCGGAUACAAGUGUCUUGGUGGUUAAACAGGUUUUUUACAAUAACUUUGGUGGAGAAGUUUCAGAAUCCUAGAGUCUUUCAGUUUUGUUCAUGUUGUUGAAUUUGUAUUUUCUAAAUACAAUGUAUUUAUUUUGUUUUUA